GCCAUUUUUUCGUUUAUGGGAUUUCUUCCCCUCUUGAUCUCCAUUAUUCCCAAGUGCCAUGUUCUCUAUCCUCAGAACCUUCAGAGCAAUACAAAUACACCGCCAUCAACCAGUAGCCAAACUAUCCAUUUCAUGUCGAGGCAAGCCAAUCAACCGUGAAGACCUAUUCACAUAUACAAAUGGUCACUUCCUCAUCAACGAGAAACACCAGCUCGAGCGGCGCUAUGUGAAAUUUGACAUUGAUGCCCUUUGCGACGCAGCCAGCAGCAGCAGUAGCGAUGGCGCAUCAUCUCGAAUAACAAGUAUCGAAAAGAUGGAAGGAGGAUUCAGCAAAGCUCUUUAAAUGACAAGGGAAGAUGGGAGGGAGGUCAUUGCGAAGAUUCCCUUUCGGAUUGCCGGGCCGGCGUGUUUGACGACUGGGUCUGAGGUUGGUGGAAUAUCAUUAUUGAUGUGGGAUUUAGUGAAAAAACACACAAAUAUUCCAGUCCCGCGAGUCCUUUCAUGGUCUUCGGAUGAAACGAAUCCUGUUGGUGCCGAAUACAUUAUCACGGAGAAAGCUGCAGGGGUUCCAUUGUUCCAGCGAUGGGGGGAGAUGAGUGACUUCAAGAGACUGGAACUCAUAAAGAAUUUGACGCAGCUGGAGGCUCAGUUCUCUGCUAUUUCGUUUCCUGCGUAUGGCGGGCUACUCUUCGGGAGCACAAUAUCAAAUCUUGGGAUAGCUAUUGCUGAGCGAGAAUUAUCUCGAAUUUCAAACAAGCAUUUCGAUGGACGGGCAAUGUUCCAUCAAGGAGGCGUUGAAGAACAAAGCCAGCUUCUAAAAUCUACCAUGGACCUCAUGCACACAUUGGACUCGAACCCAAUAGUCACACGGUCUGCCCGACCCACACUGUGGCAUACGGAUCUCCAUAUGGGAAAUAUCUUUGCUUCGCCCGAGGAGAGCUCGCGGAUAGUUUCCCUGAUUGAUUUCCAGUCUGUGUCGGUGUUUCCGUUCUUUCUUCAAGCCCAAUGGCCCGUAUUUCUGAAACCCCGGCAGAAUUUUGUGAAAGGACUCGCAAAGUUAGCCAAGGCAUACGAAGUUUCAACCUACCUUGAAGACAGACCUGCGCACAAUGCCAUGAAACUGCCUCGUGUCUUCCGAGAGCUUCUUAUUCGCUGUGGAGAGGUUUCCGAAGUUGGAAUCGUCCCGCUUCGAGAAUGCUUGAUAGAAAUCUCUCAGAACUGGUCGGAUCUGGGCUUUACUGGGCAAUGCCCCUUUUCAUUCCGAGAAGAAGAAAUCAAUUCACACCAACGCCAGUUUGCUGAAUACGAAGCCUGGAAUGAGGCCCAGCAUCUUGCGCAAGAAUGUCUGGAUACUGACGCUGAAGGAUGGGUGGCUCCAGAACUAGAUAUCAAGGAAAAGCAAAGGCAGAAUAAAGAACUGCUGUCCAUGUACAUUGAACGGAUGGCUGGAGAGAAAUCACCAGAGGAGGCGAGAGAGAUGUGGCCAUUUGCGGACCAAGUAUGA